AUGCUGCUGCGAGCACUAUGCGCACUGGCUGCGUGUGCAUCUGUGGCUCGCGCUGAGCUCGACGAGACCGACUACACGCCAAUCGUCGUACCGCUCGCCGUACGGAGCCCGUACCUCGGCGCGUAUCUCACCGGGCGCGAGGACAAGACGCUCGUGUCGAUGGACCCGCACUUCUGGACGACGCUCCCUCUCGGGUGGAAGGGCCUCCUGCGUGUCGACGGGCACACGUGGAACUGGAUGGGCAACCUGACCGACUGGCCAGCCGCGACCAACGCCUCGAUCCGCCAUACUGCCUCCGAGUCGGGCUUUACCUUGACCAACGACCCGCCGACUGUCGCCCUACACGCCUCGUUCCUGUCGCCCGUCACGCCCGCCGACCUGUUCCGCCAGUCGAUCCCGUUCUCGUACCUGCACCUGUCGGCCGAGUCGCUCGACGGUCAAGCGCACGACGUCGACGUCUACUCCGAGGUCAACGGCCUGUGGCUCGCCGACGAGGAGCACGAGGAGCUCGAGUGGGCGGUGCACGAGCCAGAGCGAGGAACCGGUCGAGACUUUGUCGGCGUGCGCGCACGGCUCAAGCACCAGCGGCCGUUCGAGGAGGCGUACCACAACGACCUGUGGUCCGACGAGUGGGUCUCGACCGACCGCAUCCUGCAGGGCGACCUGUGGUACGCGGCGCAGGACGUGCCCGGCUCGACCGUCCGCACGACGUUCGCCGCCGGCGACGACGCCAUGACGACGCGGCGCCUCUUUGCCGAGUCGGGCUCGCUCCGCAGCGUCGUCAACACGACCCAGCCUCGCCCUACCCGUACUCGCCGCGCCCACAACGCCUCGCUCGUCCUCGACGAGCCCGUCUUUGCGCUCGCGCACUCGUUCGGCCGCAUCUCGCCCGCGAGCCCGCCCGAGGACCGCUCGGCGCUCGUCGCCAUCGGCCACGUGCGCGACCCGCUCGUCCAGUACAUGACGGGCACGAGCGGCCACAAGGAGGUCGUUGCGCUGCGGCCCCUGUGGGCGUCGACGUUCGUCGACGUGGCGCACCUCGUCGGCUGGUUCCUCGUCGACUACCCGACGGCCAAGCGCAUGAGCGACGAGUUCAACGCCAAGCUGUACGCCGAUGCGCGCGCCGUCGAGUCGCAAGAGUACGCGCACGUCGUCGCCGUGUCGACGCGGCAGAUCUUCAUGGCGCUCGAGGCCGUGUGGGACGAGUCGGUCGAGGGUCGCGACGCCAGGGAGGGCCUCGUGACGUGGAGCCCGUUGACGGGCGAGCCUGUACCGACCAUGAUCAUGCUCAAGGAGAUCAGCUCGAACGGCAACUGCCAAACGGUCGACGUCAUUGCGCCCAUCCUCCCCUUCCUCCUGUACGCCUCGCCGACGCUCAUCCCGCUCCUCCUCGAGCCGAUCCACCGGUACAUGGCGUCAGGCUUGUACGUCCCCGUCCCGCCGACGCACGACCUCGGCGACCACUACCCGAACGCGACGGCGCACAACGACUUCCUGCACCCGAACCUGCCGAUCGAGGAGGCCGGCAACGCCCUGUGCCUCCAGCUCGCCGGCAUGCGCGUCGCCGACCCGUCGACGGCGGCGCUCUCGGCGCACGAGCGCGUCAGCCACUGGGUCGACAAGGCGUCGUCCAAGGCGUCGAGCUGGGCGGGGAGGAACAAGGAGGCGCAGCGAGUCGGGUGGGAGGCGGACGUUGGGGUUGGGAAGGACCACCGGCGAGAGGGGGCUCGCAUGGCGAGGGCGCAGGCGAGGGAGCGGUACGCGCUCCUCAAGAAGUGGGCCGACUACCUCGAGGAGGAGAGCUUGUACCCGGGCGACCAACGCACGACCGACGACUUCUUUGGCUCGGCCCCGAAUCAGACGUCGCUCGUCGUCAAGGGCAUCAUGGGCCUGCGCGCCAUGAGCGAGAUCGCGAGCGACCUCGGCGAGACGGCCGACCGCGACUACUACCUCGACGUCUCGAACCGGUUCCGCGACACGUUCCUCGACAUGACCGUGUCCAAGGACGGCACGCACAUCCUCGGCACGUACAACAACCAGUCGAGCUGGGUCACGCAUUACAACCUCUACUUCGACAAGUUGUUCGACACCAAGGUGUUCCCCGACUCGGUCUACCGCAUGCUCGACGCCUUUUACCCGACCGUCGCACAGCCCUACGGCCCGCCUCUCGACUCGCGCUUCCCCGACCGCGCCAAGACCGACUGGCUCGCGUGGGCCGCCGCCCUCUUCCCUCGCUCGUCCCCCUCGUCCUCCUCCUCGCGCACCCUGUUCCUCGACGCGCUCGCGCGCUACUUUCGCCAGGACCGCAACGCCGUCUUUGGCGACUCGAUCACGCCGGACGAGGGCUGGUCAGUCGGGUUCCUGAGCCGCCCCGUGGCGGGCGGGCACUACUCGCUCCUCGGCCUCGCCGUCCUCGCCCAAGCGCGCGCCGACGCCGCCGCCACGACCCUCCUGUCGCGCUCGCGCUCGAGCCUGAGCCAGUCGCUCCUCGCCCUCGCGGCACUUGUCGCGCUCACUGUCGUCGCGCUCGUCGGCGCGCGCGGCGUAAGGCGCUGCGUGAGGCGCCGGAGCGGGUACGUCGAGCUCGGCGGCGGGCGGCGGCGCGCGGGGAGCAGGGGGGCGAGCCGGGUGAGCGUGGACGGGGUGUGGGGCGUGGGGAGCCCGAGGAGCGUGUUUGAGCUGGCGGAGCUCGAGGACGAGGGGGACGAGGGCGCGGGCGAGGGCGAGGGCGAGGAGGAGAGCUGGAGGUUGAGGCGGCCGCCGCAAGGGGGCCUGAGCGCCAGUGCGGGACACGGCGGCAAGCGCAGGGACUAGACCGAACCGAGCCGAGUAGACCUUGCUCUCUCUCUCGCGUUGCGUGUAUCUCUUGACGAGCUGUA